AUGCCAGUUGAAUCAAUAAAUUAUAAUGCACCUCCCACUUCGACCGGUCCAUGCCAAACCCCCCCUGCCUUGUCGUUCGUUCCGUCGCUUAUGAGUACUCCGCAUCAUCUGGAACUGGUGAACAAAUUGCCUGCGAACAUAAAAUUAAAUUGGUCCCUCUUCAAGCGACAACAACGAGUCGUAGAUCUCACUACGUUCGGUAGCUAUAUGGACGACAUAGUAACGGCGGUCAGUGACGUCACCUUCACUUACGAAGCCGAAGAGCAUCGCGUGAGCAAGCACGAGAAACCCAAACCCAAAGAAAAGUUGUACGUGAACGCACACGCUACAUACAUUUCGAAGGAUAAGCCGAAUAUCAGCAUAGUCAACCACAAAGGAGUUACACCGAAGCCGUGUCCAGUCUGCCAAAAGGAAGGGCAUAAGGCUAAGGACUGCUACACUUUCCGAAAUAUGACCUUGAAUGACCGAUGGAAACUCACCCAAGAGCAACAUUUAUGCAGCCGUUGUCUGGUAUCUCAUGGAAAAUUUCCGUGUAAAGCGUCCACUUGCGGUGAGAAUGGAUGUGAGGAACGUCACCAUAAACUUCUUCAUCCUGGAAAGCCACUGGUGUCACAGAUCGUUGAAGUUCCGAAGACAACUAGUAUGGUUACUAUGCAUCGCAAACUCCAACCAACUAUCCUUUUCCGGAUACUGCCUGUAACACUGUAUGGGAAUGGCAAAGUCAUUGAUACAUAUGCGUUCCUAGAUGACGGUUCAUCCACCACGCUGGUGGAAUCCCACAUCGCAAAGGAAUUGGGAGUGAGAGGCGACGUAAGUCCACUCUGUCUUCAGUGGACAAAUGACAUCGAGCGUACAGAAAACGAGUCACAACUGAUUAAUCUGGAAAUCUCUGGUGAUGGGCAUACGAAACGGCAUCCAUUAACAAGAAUCCACACAGUUGAAAAAAUGAAUCUACCAGUUCAGUCACUGAAUUAUUCGGAAAUCAGUCAACAAUUUUCUCAUCUUCGUGGGUUACCAGUCCGUAACUAUAAAAGUGCAGUUCCCACCAUUUUAAUUGGUUUAUACAACUCAUAUUUAAAAACAUCUCUGAAACGUCGUGAAGGUUCCAGAAAUGAACCGAUUGCUUCCAAAACUCUGUUAGGUUGGACGGUUUAUGGAGCCAUCAACGCUGGUCCUGAUUCUAAGGUCCAGUUACAGUUUCACAUCUGUGCUCGUUCGCCCGAUCAGGAGCUCCAUGAAAUCGUGAAGGACUUUUUCGCUUUGGAAAGCGUUGGUUCAAUUUCACCGAUCGUAGAAAGCGACGAUGACAUUCGUGCACGUGCAAUACUUGAGCGCACUACGGUUCGAACACCUACGGGGAGAUUUCAGACGGGCUUGCUGUGGAAACACGACUAA